GGGCCGGCCAAUCUACGAACCUCCACGCUUUUUAUCUGCAAGUGCCGCAGCACAGCAACUCCUCCUAAUAGUCGAGAGAAGAGGGAAAUAUUUAACACCGGACUCUGUCUGUGUGGCUGUAGCCAGAGUCGGUGCAGGUGACCAGAAGAUUGCAGUGGCUACUCUAGAAGAGAUGACACAUCAAGACCUGGGACAGCCGCUGCAUUCUCUAGUCAUACCUGGACAGAUGCAUCCACUGGAAAUGCAAAUGUUACGGCUGUUUGCUGUCAGCGACCAUGCCCGACAGUUUUUGUUAGAUAAAGACAGGUAG